GUCUAUGUUGUGGAAAGACAAAAAGUUGAUUUGUUCCUCAGAGGCUGCAGAGGCAAAUUCGCAUGUCUCCCUGCGUCUGCGCGUGUUUCUGUAGGCGAGGACACAUAUGGUGAUGAGACUGAGCACAUGUGUUAUUGUCGCCUCCUCCAAGUUAAUCUCUGAAGGGGAGGUGUGGUUUCCUCCUUUUCUUGGAGCCCAGUACUGAAUAUUCAACAGCUUUUUGCCUCAAGCGUCAGUUUUGACUGCGAAACCAUCGGUGGUUCGAUUUCGAUACUUUACCUGGCUUUGGUCUUCUGCUAUCUGUCUAAAAUGAGUUUCAGCAGUGACAUGGAUGAGACGGAAGAGGGGAGCAACAGAGAGUUUGAGAGCGUGGAGAUGAAUAAGCUGCGUCAGAGCCUGCGCAGGAAGAAGCCCACCUACGUGCCGGAAGCCAGCCGGCCACACCAAUGGCAAGCAGAUGAAGAGGCUGUACGGAAGGGCAAAUGCAACUUUCCUGUCCGGUACCUCGGUCUGGUGGAGGUAGAGGAGUCCAGAGGGAUGCAUGUGUGCGAAGAUGCAGUGAAAAAACUGAAACUGAGUGGGAAAAAAACUGUCAAGGCUGUUCUUUGGGUGUCUGCCGAUGGCCUGAGAGUAGUGGACGAUAAAACCAAGGACCUCAUUGUUGACCAGACCAUUGAGAAAGUGUCUUUCUGCGCACCUGACCGUAAUUACGAUAAGGCGUUCUCCUACAUCUGCCGUGAUGGAACGACUCGCCGCUGGAUGUGCCACUGCUUCAUGGCCUUGAAGGACUCGGGUGAACGUUUGAGUCAUGCAGUUGGAUGCGCGUUUGCUGCUUGCCUUGAGCGGAAGCAACGCAGAGAGAAGGAGUGCGGGGUCACGGCUUCCUUCGAUGCAAGCCGCACCUCGUUCGUGAGGGAAGGCUCCUUCCGCAUCUCCUCUGCUGGACAGCAAAGUGACCGGGAGGACAUCAUGAAACAGCUGCAGGACAAAAAGAAAGACGCAUGUUAUAUCUCUGCAAUUCCACCUGGAAAUGCUUCUCCUCCGGAGGGAGCGGCUUCACCUGGGGAGAGGGCGGAGCCAGGCGGGCCUCACGCCAUCCCGCGCCGACACGCUCCUAUCGAGCAGCUGGUGCGGCAGGGCUCCUUCCGAGGCUUCCCUCAACUUAGCCAGAAGAACUCACCCUUCAAACGGCAGCUCUCUCUACGCUUGAAUGAUCUCCCAUCAACCCUUCAGCGCAAGACGGACUUCCAGACCAAGAACCCAGUUCCAGAGAUGGAUCUGUCUUUGGCAGGAGAGGCAGACAGCAUAAACGCUCUGUGCAGCCAAAUCAACAACUCUUUCACCAAACCAUCUGAGGACCUGUGUGCCAAAGCUAACAGCAACUGCUUGCCAGUUUGCAGCGCUCCACCUGCCAUUCCCCCUCCACCUGCUCCACUGCAAGCUACAAGCUCAUGGGUUCAAACAGAGCCAGCUGUCCAGUCUCCCGCUCCUGUGCCUCAGGGCGGCCACAAACGGACCCCAUCUGAAGCAGAGCGCUGGCUGGAAGAGGUUGCUAAAGCGGUUAAAGCCCAGCAGACUCCACCUACUCUACCGCCACCACCCACUCAGCAACCUCCACCCAUGCCCACUAUUCCCAUCGCACCUGGUUCCCUGCCCACCUCAAUGCAGCCAUUCCCAAUGGCCUUUGACGUCACUCCCGCACCUGUUGGCAUGUUCACCCAACAGCCUCUUCAACCAGCUUUUGUACCUAUGCAGCCAUAUAUGCCCACUCUGGCCAACAGCAUGACCUACCCCAAUGCCAGUGUGCCCGUGGUGGGCAUCACACCGUCGCAAAUGGUAGCUAAUGUAUUCUGCUCUGCAGCCAGUACAGGGGGCGGAGCAGCGUUGGGAAUCGGGAUGGGGCCUAAGACUGGUACGCUCGGUGGUGGCCAACAUUCGGCUUUCCCCACCCUCCCCGGAGGUUUCCCAACCACCACAUUCGCCUCUCCUCCAACCAUCAACGGCCACCCGCACAACUCCUUUCCAUCAACGGCCGCGACCACCAGUGUUACUCAAAACGGUAGCACCGUAAAAAGCGGUACUAGUUGGCCGAUGGAGAAUCUGAAUCCGAAUCCCACAGGAAGUUCCCAGGAAGCAGAGCAUUUUGAGGCAAAGUGGGCUGCUCUGGAGUCCAAAUCGCAACCGAAGGCGCAAAACCCUUUUUCGAAUGACUUACAAAAGACUUUUGAGAUUGAACUAUAAUUGUAAGGAGACUCUGAAAGUUUGGAACUGUUUCAUAACCCAUUCCCCUUCCCUUUUUUUUGGUCUUUCUUACGCUCCUGGUCUGUUUGAGGGUAUUGGUUGUUGUUAAAGAUCAUCCGGUUGCAUUUUGUGUCAUUUUGACAGUCAGACUCAAGAUUUGGAGAACGGAAAGACAGUCACAAUGGUUUGGCACUUACGGGACAGCUUUUAAAGAGAAACCUGCACAUUACUUUCACCAGUAAUGACCCUUUUUACCUACAGUAAAGGAAAUGCUGAAAUUAGGGGAUGGUCAGAAGCUAUUUAUUGUUUUUAUUUGAUUAUAAUGGUUAUUUUAAAUCAGAUUUUAAUUAUUCUUAGGUUUCCCCUCGUAUUUAUUUUUAUUGAACUGGGUGAAAAAUUACAAUUGGCUACUUGAAAACUGAGUCACCAAAUGAUAGAUUUAAAAAUAAUUUGAGCUACAAUAUCUUGUUGAAGAUUGAGUUUACUUUGUGAUGUAAAUAGCAUGCUUUCAGUUUACUUUUAUUUAUUGCCCCUUCUGUGGCCAUUUAGUUUCAUUAAUUUCAAGUGAAUCAGUCAUGACCAUCGAAGCAUCACCAAGUUCACCGACAGGCACAUUCCAACCCUGACUAUAUUAUUGACACCCAUAAUGCAAUGAAAAACUAGACCAAAAUGCCAGUGUAGUAACCUUGACCUUUGUUUAUUGACGUGGAACCUUUUCUGGAACAACUUUUCAGAGGAUUAUAGUUUUAUUUUUUAUUAUAUGUUCAAGUUGACAAUAACAUUACCUUCAAUAGGAUUCACGGGGCUUCUCAGUUAUUAAGAAUGUACUUUGUGACCAUUCUAGGGCAUUAAAAUGACAAAAUGGGUUAGAAUGGGUAUUUGUGCAGAUCAACUGUAUUAGAAAAUAUUAGAAAAGGGUUGAAGAGGGAAGGUUAUAGUGUCCGUUUAUGCAAGCAAUGGAACGACUACACAGACUCUUAAAGGGACAGAGUCAAAUGGUACAGGUCAUGCAUGUUUAAAAUAUCCCAUAUUACAGUCUGUUAAAACAUUGAAUAUGCAUAUUAGUCUUGGCUUUCGUUUCUUAUCACCACUGUUUCACUCUCGCUGGUCUAAGAAAGGGAAUAAUUGUCUUUUAAUUGCAGGUGAAUAAUGUCAAGCACUCUACACAAUAGGAUCUCAUGCAAUUAUUCUAAAAUCAAAUCCUUCUCAUUCAUGAGGUUCAUAUUUUCUCCAAUGUUGUGCGUUUAGGCACAUUUAUCAUUUAAAGAGGUCAUAUGAUGCUAUUUUAAACGUUUAUUUUGUAAUGAAAUGUUCAAAAAACAUUAUUUUUCACAUAUUGUAAACUAUUGCAGUACCACUAUUCCUAGUCUGUCUGAAAUCCCAGCUGUCCUCCGUAAAAUGCGCUGUACACAAGCUAACUUUUGGCUUUUAUUGUGCAGGAACAGUGUUAUUAAUAACUCUUAACCACUCAUUCAUAAUUUCAUCUGUUUUCUGCUGGCCAAACAAAGGGAAUUUGUUUUCGCAUCUGAACACACAGCGUCUCCACGACAUAACAGCACUAGAAUUCACUGAAGCCUUUUUGGACAGGCAAUAUGCCUCAUCAUGACGUCGAUUCGAUAAAUCCCAUUGUAGGAGGCUUUGCAGAUCUUAUACAUGCUACACACUAAAGGAAAGGGAAGACAUUUAAAAGCAUCAUAUGACCUCUUUAGAAAAAAUGCUCAAUGUUUGUAUAUUUAUUUUCAUCAGAGUGUACGAAUAAGAUGUUGAAUGAUCUUUCUGGAGUGUGUUGAGCCUGCAAUUUUCAAAGCUAGAUGAUCAAAGUCAGACUGCACACUGUGCUCGGUGAGGUGAACUCCACACACACUUCCUAUUGAGACGUAAUAGCAGUGGACGUUCAAGGCAGGCACAAUGUUUUUAACUCCUGUUUCGAAAAGGCCAUUUUGACCGUAAUGUGUUUUAAAUUUACCUCUCGGUUUUCUUAUCAAUUGUUUAUUACAGGGUCAAGCGGGUCUAUUGUGUGGCACAAUGAAUCUAAAAAUAGUUCUUUUUCCAAAGACAAUGCAUUUGUAAUUCGGCCAAGCGAUGCGUUGUGUGGCGUUAAAUGGAUGAAUUAAUUCUACUCAAAUGCCCUGGUCUUUUUGUCCGCUCUCUCCCCCUUGACAAAAUCGAGGUUUUUCAAAACCGGGGAACUAAAUUACCUCAUAAAGUUGAUUGUAAACUUAAGUGUAGUGAUAACAAACCAGUGGAGUUUAUUUUUAUUCUUUAUUUACAGAAUUUUGUAUUUAAACCUACAUAUUUCUAUUGUAAUUACAUUGUAUAAAAGAUAAAUAAAUAAUAUAAUAUAAACAAUG